AUGGACAAGAUGACAGCGAUGUUGCUCUGUAGUAACAAAGAACUGAGGCUGUUUCGCGCCUGGAUCCAACAGUUUCUCCGCAACCAUACUAACAACCAAAGACAUCGGCUAAGUAGCACAAUUGCAUCACAGAAUACCGACAGCGAGGAGGAUGGGGAUGAGGAGAAGUCUGAGGAGGAAGAUGAAGAUCUGGACGAGCUCGAGGACGAGGACGAAGACCUAGAUGAGGACGAGGACCCAGGCCUAGACGAGGACGAGGACGAAGACCUAGACGAGGACGAGGACCCAGGCCUAGACGAGGACGAAGACCCAGGCCUAGAUGAGGACGAGGACCCAGGCCUAGACGAGGACAAGGACCCAGGCCUAGACGAGGACGACACCUUGACCAACGAUGGCGAUCAGGAUGAGGGCAAAGCCGACAACAACAUCGAAGAAGAUCAGCGAGCAUGGACGAUGACGAAAGCCACGAGCAGGCAGACACCGACAUGGCUGAAAAGCAAUAUGUUCCUCCCCGCCUAG